CUUAUUGGAAAAUUAAGAAAAUGGAUAAGAAGGACCUAUCCUGUCUGAAUACGUUCGAACAGCAAGAAGGGGAGAAAAUCUCGAAGAUUAAAACGGAUUCAGAUUUCAGACCUAGAAGGAGUAAAUUUUACAAUAAGUAUGACGAAGAAGGAGAAAUUGCCUCUCUCGCAACUGAAUGCCCCUUCUGUUAUAUUUAUAAAACCCAAAAAGAGAGGAUAAUAUAUCAAGAUGAAAAAGUGUUUGUAAUUCAGGAUAGGACACCUGGCGCAAGGAUUCAUUACUUAGUCAAUCCUUUACGUCAUAUAAAGAACGUUAAUCAUCUGAAAUAGCUCAGAUUCUGAGUUAAUAUCACAUAUGGAAUCUGUCGGAAAGUUGCUCAUUGAGAAGGAGAAUCUAGACAAGAAGUCAAGACGGAAACUAGGUUUCCAUAAAGCUAGCAACACCAGCAUCCCUCAUCUCCAUAUGCACAUUCUAGCUGGCAAAUAUUCAAGCCUGCUGUGUUAUAUAAAGUACAACUGGCCCUUUUUCACCACUCCAAAAGAAGUGAUUUCAAAGCUUUAA